GGUUACACUUUAUCGAGCAGCCGAGCUCUCAGCUGAGAGGACGUCAACAUGGCGGCACGGGCUCAAGAUCUUCCUCCCAAAGGUGGAUAUGCACCUGUCUCUUUCAAGAGAAUACCUGCGAAAUCGCUCUUUUCUGGCCUGCCUUUAUUCAUUGGGUAUGGCAUUGCAACAGCUGUUGGCGGCUAUAUUUACUACUUGACAUUGAAAACAAUCAGGCAUGAAGAAAUUGAAAUGAAAAGUGCUGAUAAUGCCCUCCUGCCUUUGUUAAUGGCAGAACGAGAUCGUUCUCUCCUCCUACAGUUGCGUAAGAACCGCGAUGAAGAGGCGUCACUCAUGAGUGGUGUAGAAGGAUGGGAAGUAGGUACUUACUAUGGUGAACCAAUCUACAAGACUGUUCCCCAAAGUAAAUUUAUGGAUCCAAUCCCUAAGGAAUAUUAUGCUCAUGGGCCUACCAGCAGUUACUCACGAGGCACCCACCUCAACUUAUGGGUAUAAUUUAUUCAAAAGAAGAAGAUAUUCUUUAUUGUAAAUAAAUUUUAGAUGUAAUUGCCUUUGUAAUAAGGCCUUAUAUUAACUGUUCUUAUAUUAAACUGGUUCAACUAAUA